AUGGCUAAAUCAAAGAAGCGCCAUACUCAAAAGAACAACGGCAGAACACCAGCUGCUAUAGCUGCUUCUGCUAACCAAAGACAGCAACAAGCAAUGAACAAUGGCAGCCAAACGUCUUCAUUUCAACCACUGAACAUGUUCUUUGGCGGUUCUCGCAAUGCAGGAUAUCAAGCCAUUCCAUCCACUGAAAACUUGACAGAUAGCAACAAUGAUCGCUAUUUCUCUCGCUCGCCCCAUCAAUUAGGCGAUCAUGAUGUCAUGAUAGAUAUGCCUACAUCUGGCACAAACACACCUGCAAACUACCAUUCCGACAUUGAGACAUCAAGCAACUCGCGCAUGAGCUCUGUCGAGGUAGAUGUGUGUUUUCCAACACCCAACAAAAAGGAGGAAGGAGGCGUUGACUAUGAAUCGUUGGAGGAAUUCAUUGAGAAUGAAAAGAAGGAGGCAGCUAAGCACAAGCACGAAAAGACGCAACACAGACGUCGAUCAUCCACCAUGGGAGCCUCUGAGAGUAGGCGGUACAGCAUGUAUGGCGAUCGUAUGAUGAAUUCAGCAGACAAGAAUGAAACAGAUCACUACCGUGUCACUUAUUAUUCAUCCGCAGAGCCAUCAACGAUACAUGCUCGCUCCAUCGGUGAGAUCCCAGAGUACAACCAAGACGAAACGUUGACGGACAUGAUGAAGAAGGGAUGUUUCUGGAUCGACAUUCACAAUCCAACAGACAGCGAAAUGAAGGCGUUAUCUAAAGUAUUUAGAAUCCACCCUUUGACCAUUGAGGAUAUCAGUAUGGAGGAGCAGAGAGAAAAGUGCGAAGUGUUCAUGAACUACUACUUUGUUUGUUUCAGGAGCUUUGAUCAGGACGAGUUCUCUGCGACGUACAUGCAACCAUCAGCGAUUUAUAUCAUUAUAUUGAAAGAAGGUGUUUUAACAUUUCAUUUCAAAUCAAUGCCCCAUCCUCACAAUGUGCGCAAGCGAAUCAAGCAGCUGAAGGAUUAUAUCAAUGUGACACCAGACUGGAUUUGUUACGGCUUGUUGGACGACAUCACAGACUCAUUUGCUCCACUAAUCAGGGCCAUUGAAUUCGAAGUGGACUCUAUUGACGAACUCGUGCUGAUCUUGAAGGAGUCAGAACAAUCAGACAUGCUGCGGCGUAUUGGCUAUUGUAGAAAGCGCAUGAUGGGGUUGUUGCGAUUGCUCAGCUCAAAGACAGAUGUGGUCAAGACGCUGAUCAAGAGAGGGGAAAUUGCGCCGGAAGACGGCACUCGACCUGCCCUGAGCAAGGAAGUAGCACUGUACCUUGGCGAUGUACAAGAUCACAUUAUCUCCAUGUUGCUGUCACUGAACCAUUACGAGAAGAUUUCAUCAAGAUCACAUUCAAACUAUUUGGCUCAGAUAUCUAUUGAAAUGACUCAAACAAACAAUGAGAUCAAUGAUGUUUUGUCUAAAUUAACGGCUCUGGGUAGUAUUCUGGUUCCUAUGAACUUGGUCACUGGUGCCUGGGGUAUGAACGUGCAAGUUCCAGGCCAAUACCAGGAAGAUCUGACUUGGUUUGGUGGCAUUAUCACCACCAUUCUCAUAUUUUGUAUCAUUUCCACGCUACUGAUGAGAUAUUACAAUAUUGUGUAA